ACCCCCGGCCCCCAAGAUCCCCGGCCCCCAUAUUUGUAUCACUCUUCCUCUGGGCCCCCAACACCCCCGGCCUCCAAGCCCCGGCCUCCAAGACCCCCGCCCUCCAAGACCCCCGGCCCCCAACAAACCCCUGGCCCCAACAACCCGGCCUCCAACUCCCCCGGCCACUGCCCCAACACACCCGGCCCACCAAAGACCCCCCACCCCCGGCACCCCCAAGAAAUCCCCGGCCCCCAAGACCCCCGGCCCCCACGACCACCAGCCCCCCACGACCACCACGCCCUCAAGGGACCCACGGCCCCUCAACAGCCGCACAACCCGGCUCUUGAAGACCCCAGCUACAAACAACCCUGGCCCUCAACACCCCAGGCCCACGGACACAAGAAAAUUCAAACCACCCAACCGGCUCACCCACACGGAACCCCGGCCAACAAGAACCCACGGCCCCCAGACGUCCCGGCCCUCAACACUCCAGGACAUCAACACCCCUGGCACCAACAACCCACGGCCCCCACCACCCUGGACCCCCCAACACCCCCGGCCCCCAAGACUCCCAGGCCCCGCAACACACCUGGCCCCCAAACACCCUGCCCCCAACACCCCCGGGGGGCCCCCCAAGGACUCACGGCACCCAAGACACCCCGACCCUCAAACACCCCUGGCCCUCCAACACCCUCCCCUGGCCCUCAACACACAUGGGGACUCAAUAACACCCCCGGCCGCAACACCCCGGACCCCCACCCCCUGACCCCCGGCAUCCACGGGACCCCGGCCUCCAAGACCCCCGGCUCCAAGACCCCCGGGGGCCCCCAAGACCCAGGCCCCCAAGGACCCCGGCCUGACCCCCAAGGACCCCCGGCCCCCAGACCCCCGGCCCCCAAGACCCCCGGCCCCCAAGACCCCCGGCCCCCAAGACCCCCGGCCCCCAAGACCCCCGGCCUCCAACUCCACCCGGCCUCCAACUCACACGGCCCUCCAACUCCCCCGGCCCUAUGA